AUUCAACGAAAGUUAUUCACGGUGUAAGGAAGUCAUUCUGUUCGUGAAUGGAGAACUUUGUAGAGCUGACGUCAGAACACUCUCACCAACAACGACGCUCAACACGUACUUACGGGAAUACUUGAAUUUAACUGGAACGAAACGUUUAUGUCUCGAAGGUGGAUGUGGGACCUGCGUGGUGUCCGUUUCCAAGAGAAACCCAGUCACUCAGAGUUAUGAAGUAGUAGCAGUAAAUUCUUGUCUGGUUUCGAUAUUUUCAUGUUAUGGCUGGGAAGUCACAACGAUAGAAGGAAUUGGCAACUCAGACCAACCUCAUCCCCUACAGAGCGCUAUAACAACAUUCAACGGUACGCAAUGUGGUUACUGUACUCCUGGGAUGAUCAUGAACAUGUUUGCAUUGACGAAAUCAGAUGAACAGCUGACGGAAGAAAAAGUUGAGAAUUCUUUUGGAGGAAAUAUUUGCAGAUGCACCGGUUACAGGUCUAUUUUGGCAGCAUUCAGAUCUACAUUAGAAAAUCCUAUCGGAGAAGUAUCAUAUCCAGAUAUAGAAGAUAUAUACAAAUGUGACAGAGCACAAUGUUUUCCAUCAUGUGUAGCUUCCAAUUCUCCUGUUUACUAUGAACCUGAAGGCAUAUGCUGGAUAAGAGUAUUCAAAUACGGUGAUUUACUUCAGAUAUUGAAAUAUUUUCAGAAUGAAAACAGAACGUAUAUGUUGGUUGCUGGCAAUACUGCAAAAGGUGUAUUCAAAUCAGAUCCCGAACCUUCUGUGUAUGUAGACAUACAAAAUGUAGCCGAGCUGAGACAGUAUGAACUCAAGAAAGAAUCUGGUUUGAUUCUGGGUGCUAAUAUGUCGCUAGCAUCUGUAAUGAAACUUUGCGAUGAAUUAUCAGUGACAAAUACGAAAUUCGCAUAUUUGAAGAAAGUUUCUCAACAUUUUGAUUGGAUAGCAAAUACACCUGUUCGGAAUCUCGCUACCUUAGCUGGAAAUCUAAUGAUGAAGCACUAUCAUCACGAACUGUCAUCGGAUAUAUUUUUGAUUUUGGAAACUCUUCGAGCUACUUUGACCAUAGUUGAUACGAGUGACAAGGAAACAGUUGUUGGUCCUUCCGAAUUUUUGGCAAUCAAUAUGGAUUACAAAGUGAUAAAGAAAAUAACUUUACCGCCUCUGAAUGAAACUUAUCAUUAUGAUAGCUUCAAGAUAAUGCCAAGGGCUCAAAAUGCUUCAGCAUUGGUGAGUGCAGGAUUUUUAUUUCAAAUAACCAAAAAGCUUGAAGUGGCUAGUGCUAUUAUUGUCUAUGGUGGAAUAAAUACAGAGUUCGUACAUGCAACAAAAACCGAAAUUUAUCUGAAGGGCAAAAUGUUAUUUGAUAAUGAUAUUCUACAAGCCGCCUUCGCAACUUUGGACGGAGAGAUUAUACCCAGCUACUCCCCACCAAGUUCACAACCUAGCUUCCGAAAAAAAUUGGCGAUAGCACUCUUCUAUAAGUACAUUCUAAGUAUAGCUCCUGAAAAUUUAGUUUCUGCGAGAAAUCAUAGUGGAAAAGGGGGAUUGAUACGUCCAUUGUCUACUGGUCUUCAAAGUUUCGAGACAAAGAAGAACAUUUAUCCCGUAUCUGCACCAGUAACGAAGAUAGAAUCAGUUUACCAAACCACUGGAGAGGCAGCAUAUCUCUCUGAUAUACCAAAUUAUCCUGGCCAACUUCAUGCUGCAUUUGUUCUAUCUAAAGCAACGCCGAAUUCUAAGAUUGUGAAAAUUGACCCAAAAUUUGCGCUGAACAUGUGUGGAGUCAUUGCCUUCUUUGACAAAAACGACAUACCUGGAAAAAAUACCUUCACUCCCUUCGAAGCAGGCCUUUUUGCCACGCAUCCAGUGGAAGAAGAAUUAUUCUGUGAUGGUAUAAUUAAAUAUUAUUCCCAGCCAGUAGGUAUAAUAGUGGCAACUUCUCGAGAAAUAGCUGAGAAAGCAGCAGAUCUGGUUGCGGUAACCUAUGAGAAGGGAAAAGAAAAACCAUAUUUCAAUAUAAGACAAGUCUUGGAAGAUAACGCAACUGAUAGAAUAAUUCAGGAUAUAAUCAAGGAACCCGAAAGAACUGGAGAUGAUAUCGUCCACAUCAUUCAAGGAAAAUGUGACGUCAAUUGGCAGUUUCAUUUUCAUACGGAAACUCAAUAUUGUAAUGCCGUCUACAAGGAAGAUACUCUAGACUUAUACCCCACCACUCAGUGGCUUGACUUAUCUCAAUCUGCAGCUGCUGCAAUUCUGAAUAUUCCUGCCAACAGAAUCAACGUUUCCGUAAAACGUCUCGGCGGUGCCUUUGGCGCCAAAAUCGUCAGAAAUGCCAUGAUAGCAGGAGCAGCAGCUUUAGCAUCAUUCAAAUUGAAGAAACCGGUAAAGAUUUGGUUACCAUUCGAGACAAAUAUGCGAAUAGUCGGGAAAAGAAGUCCAUUGUACAGUGAUUAUGAAGUAGCAACAAAUGCUAAAGGGGUUAUUCAAAAUAUGAAAAAUAUGAUUUAUGCCGAUCAUGGUCAAGGCGGAAAUGAGGAUACAAUGUUUUUGUUGUUUGAAAUUAUGGCCACCUACAAUACAGAGACAUGGUAUGAAAAUUCAAGUUAUGUUUCUACCAACAUGCCAUCCAGCUGCUAUACAAGAUCACCAGGUAACUCAUUUCAUUUUAGCGUCUUGACGAAGUUUCUAUUCAGAGACGAUAGCUUGGCGAUUUAUGAAACAGAAAUCAACGUUUCCGUAAAACGUCUCGGCGGUGCCUUUGGCGCCAAAAUCGUCAGAAAUGCCAUGAUAGCAGGAGCAGCAGCUUUAGCAUCAUUCAAAUUGAAGAAACCGGUAAAGAUUUGGUUACCAUUCGAGACAAAUAUGCGAAUAGUCGGGAAAAGAAGUCCAUUGUACAGUGAUUAUGAAGUAGCAACAAAUGCUAAAGGGGUUAUUCAAAAUAUGAAAAACAUGAUUUAUGCCGAUCAUGGUCAAGGCGGAAAUGAGGAUACAAUGUUUUUGUUGUUUGAAAUUAUGGCCACCUACAAUACAGAGACAUGGUAUGAAAAUUCAAGUUAUGUUUCUACCAACAUGCCAUCCAGCUGCUAUACAAGAUCACCAGGUGCUCUUGAAGGAUUUACGAUGCUCGAAGCCAUCAUGGAACAUACUGCUGUAGCCAUAGGCAUGGAUCCGUUGGAAUUUAGAAUCCGUAAUAUUUCUAAGACUGACCCUCGCAUAAUGGACUAUAUAAAUGAGAUGAAGAUAUGGGCAGAAAUAGAUGAAAGAAAGCUGCAAAUAGAGCAAUUCAACAAGAAUAAUCGUUGGAAAAAGAAGGGGAUAUCUGUGGUGCCAUUGAUUUAUCCUAUUCCCUUAUUUUUUAGUUACAGUGUUAUACUGUCCAUAUAUCAUUCUGAUGGAUCUGUGGCCAUAUCCCAUGGGGGUGUAGAAAUUGGACAAGGAAUUAAUACUAAGGCGAUUCAAGUUGUUGCUUACAAAUUGGGAAUUCCAAUGGAUAAAAUCACGGUUAAACCUAGUAAUAAUCUCUCAUCAGCUAAUUCUCACAUGACCGGGGCUAGUAUCACCAGCGAAUCUGUGUGUUGGGCACUUAUUAAGGCAUGUGAUAUUCUUUUAUCAAGAAUGAAGCCAAUCAAGGAUAAAAUGGUAGAUCCAACAUGGGAAAAAAUAGUCGAAGAAUGUUACAAAAAUCACAUUCAUCUAACUGCUACUUCCAUGAAUUCUCCCUUAGAUCCAGAGCUGGGUAAUUACGUAGCAUAUUGUGUUUGUGCCUCUGAAAUUGAACUCGAUGUCCUAACGGGGCAACAUCAAAUUAGCAGGGUAGAUAUAUUAGAGGAUGUUGGUUAUAGCUUGAAUCCACUGAUAGACAUGGGACAAGUAGAAGGUGCUUUUAUCAUGGGCGUUGGUUACGGUACGACAGAAGAAAUAGUUAUUGGACAAAAUGGAGAAAUGCUGACCAACCGCAGUUGGAAUUAUAAACCACCAGGAGCAAAGGAUAUUCCAAUCGAUUUCAGAAUCAAAUUUCCAGGAAACAAUCCCAAUCCCAUUGGCGUGCUGCAUUCAAAAACUGUGGGCGAACCACCAAUAUGUUUGUCAGUUACUGUGCCUUUGGCGAUUCGUCAAGCCGUGGCUUCUGUUCGAGCAGAAGCUGACGUAGAUGCUCCAAGGUGGUAUCCAAUCCAUGGGCCUUCUACAGUGGAAAACACUUUUGUAAAUUGUCUUCACGACUACAGCCAGUAUACGCUAUGAAAAUGAAAAAUUAUGAUUAUGUAGUAGUAAAUAUAUAUUAGUAUUUCUGUAGUUAUAUACGACCUAGUAAUAAAUACAGGUUUUUUUUAUAA